UGUUAUUAAAUAGAAACAGGGUUGACGACUCAACAUCCUAUUUAGCACCUCUAUGUCUGUGGCUUCGUCAUAGAAUUAUUUUAUUUAAAAUAUGAACUUGUGUGCAAUCUUAAUUUUUGAGGAAAGAAUGAUUAAUGUUAUAUAGAUCAAAUAAAAUCCAACAUCAAAGACGAGUUUGUUUCAACAAUGAAGGAUGCUUUUUCAGACCAGGCUUAUCAAGUGAAGGAUACGUCUGAAGAAAGAUUGAGAUUGCAAUAUAAAAAUACCAAGAACACGAUAGUUUUUGGAAUAGACAAGAACUCUUACUUCAGACAGGGAAGUAACAACAUAAUGUCUUCUGAGCUAUCUAAAUACUCAGAGGAUGCCAAAUAAGGCAGCUGAUUCAGUAAAAGAAAAAUUGAGGGCUCAUAAUUUCAAAUUUGGGAGUCACAAAGCUGACUAUACUCUUUCUUCCCAAUGAGAUAAGGACCAAAGCCCUGAUAAGGACAUCAAUAAUCCUGGUGUGAAUAACUUCCGGGCUAAGAAAAAGAUGUAUAACACACAGAGUCUUUGGAACAAGACUCAGAAGUUGAAUGUGAGGAAGCUGGAAAACCAGAAGAGUAAUCAUAAUUUUGAGUCAGCAAGUAGAAGUUUUCACAAAAAUCCAAAAGACCAGAGAGUAGAUCCUACCAAUCUACCUUCAAUGAAGAUUGACAAGAACGACCUUAAGAAAAGCUCUAUUAAGUUAGGAGAAUCAGGAGGAAAUAAUGAUCUUGUUGGAAGCCAUGGAAAUAAUUUUAUACAUUUUGGAGGUUCAAAUAAAAGAGGAAUGAACAAUAGUCUUACAAGGGUCAAUAAUAGAUCGCCUGCUCUGAGAAAUAAGAAUGCUUUAAAGACAAAUGUGAGCCUAGGAGGACACCAAAAAUCCCAAAUAUUAAAUACUUCAAACAGUGAUGAAUUUAAAGCUCUGCAGGUUUCAAAGGAUAUCAGAGAUAAGGAUCAAGGAGUCCAUGAUUUUAUGAAGAAAAAGAAUGUGCAUUUAGGAUUUGUCUCUAACAGUAACAAUUCAACUACAAAAUCAAGCUUCCCAAACUAUAACAGGAAAGUUAUCAAUACUGUCAACGGAGAGAUACCAAUGAACAGAAAUUUGAUUAAGAGCAUGUAUUUAGGAAGUCCAUCAGGAACUAAAAAGACUGAGUCAAAGCUUUCUAUGUAUGGAGAAAAGAUCACUAAUGAAAGUAAUACAGCUCAGGAGAUGAACUUAAAGAAUAAAACCCUGAAAAGAGAACUUCUUUCUCAUGCCUUCAAUCUUGGGUACCAAGAAGGGACCCAUAGAAGGGGUCCAAGUGUUGAUGUUGCUCAUCAUAUGAGAAAGAAUCCAGUAAAACUUAAUGAGUCGGCUUUGCUGAAGCAGAAAAAUGAGAAGCAGAACUUCAAAUACUGCCAAGAUCCCAGUGGAAGGUAUAAUAAAGUUGAAAAUGGAAAUUAUCUUAACCAAAGAAGAUAUUUAUCAAAUGGAGGGAGGAGCAAAAAUGAUAAUGACUAUUGGAAAUCGAAUUUUACUUUUAAUCAAGUAACUUCAAAAACAGGAGCAGGAUCUUUUAAGAAUUCGCCUUUUGACUCAACCGAUAUAUCAUUUAAAGCUUCUGCUAAAUCAACCAAGUCAGGAUUUAGUGAAACGAACAAAUAUAAGAAAGAACUUGACAAAAAGAUACAAGAAAAGAACAAACAAAACUCCACUAAAUCAAAUUUCCAAGUUGGCUUUCACAAAAACGACUUUAGCACAUCCUACAAGAACCAGUACCUUUGGAAAUCCCGUGAGGCUAACGUAUAAUCUCUCAUCAUAAACCUUCUCAGAACCUUACUUACCCCAUAACCCCCUAAAUCUCUUACUUAAGCUACAACCUUGCCUAAACUCUCUGUGCUAAUCUAUUCUCCUCCCAGGUUACGCAAACUCUUUAGAGUAAGCAUAGCAAGGACUGGGAUAGUAGAGCUUUAGGAUACCAUUUAUAGUGAAAACGUAAACUUGCUGUCCAAUUUUGGUAGAAAUAAUCAU